GGGGGGGGAAAAGCCAAGUAUACGAGGACCAAUAGCAACUUUUCCCUCAAAGCGCCGAUUUCAUCUCUACCAACCAUACACACAGAGAAGGUAUGUCCUAUAGAAUUUGAAGCAUGUGUUGACCAAUCAUAUUUCUGCGAUUCGACCACGACUGUCACAGCAGCCAAUCUGAUUUCGAGAAACACAGCUUCGGCUCAAGCUUAUUAUUCGUGUAUUGCUUUGCAACUCUAGCAAGUGGUGAGCAGUCGCGUCUUUGCAGUAAGUAUAAAAAAUAUUAGCUAAUAUUCCUCUCAAAUGAAUUACAAACAGUUCAAGCUAUUUAGAUCAACGUGACACCCGUUUUGUUAAAUACGGACUACACUUAGCUCAAUGUGUCGUUAUUUUGUCUUGCAAGAUUAGGCUGGUAAGGAAUUGAAUCGCAGUGACCAGUUGGCUUGUUUUUGCAGUGAAGAAAUGUAUGCGCCUUUUGUGAAAUUGGAUAAUAAAUAAAUAAUUGUUGUCAUGAUACUUUUUGUUUUAUCGUCGUGAACUACCUGCUUCUCGUGUAUCCAAAUGAGAACCACAGUUUGAAAUGUUAUACCGGAACUAGCCAUCUGGCAAACUCCAUGACUAGCAAGGCGGUUUAAAUCGCCAUAUCGAGAAACUGUUAGCUAGCUAACGUUAGCUAGCUAGUAUGGUGAAGUUAGCUAGCUAGGCAGCUAAAUUUAGCUCCCGAGUUGAGAGAUCUUCUGUCUUUCCUUAUUUUCACAAAGAAUGCCGACAUUUUUAUAUUUUCUGUUUUACUGAAACGUCAUUGUCUAAGAUGACUGUGUGGCACACCUUUUGGAGACCGAUGUUCUGUGUAAUGUCAUUUCACAAGCAGUUUGGAAUGAAUCCCCAGCCUGACAUGGUGCAGCACUGCGAGCUAUGAUGGCGACGUGACACUGUGAUUGCGAGCCAAGCGGGAAGAAAUACGCACUAUUCUGCUUGUCUAUGUGCAACGUCCUUGUACUAUGUCAACGUUGGGCUGUAAAGAACUUGAUCAUAUUCUUUUAAAAAGCUUUCGACGAUUUGUUUGUCUAUUUUAACAAUCGGCAUACAGUUAAACUAGCUAGCUAACGUUAGCCACACAUUUUUGUGAAUCUGGAGGGAGGUGGGCGGCUGCAUCGAGCUUGAAAAGAAUGCGUUAAGUAGCUGGCUAGUUCGUUAGCUAGCAUAUUUAUUAAUUUUUCCCAAUCAUAGUUAUUCGGACACGUCUUUAAUAAUCUGCAAUUACUAUAUUGUUUUACAGCAAUCAAAACCAAUCGAGCUGGACUCCCUCAAAUAGCCUCUACGAUGAAGGUAAGUCACUUGGAUAACCUCAGUUGAAAACAGCAGUGAAGCCGACGCCUCUUUCACUUAGCUUGCAAAGAGACAUGGUCAACUGUAUAUGGUUGGCAACAACAUGUCAACUUGAAGGAGUCAGAAUGUUAGCCAUAUAGAUGUUUCACAAUUCAUUUAAAUGUUCUCACGUUUUAAUCAAGGCAUCACCAUAAGACUAUUUUCAGACAGCAUUUAUCCACCACCUCUUCCUGAACAAGACAUGUUAUUUAGUUGAAAAACCUCUAAUGCAACUUCAUGUUUAUAUGUGGCAUAUGAUUGGUGUUACAAGUUCAUGCUUCAUGGACAUUUCUUUUAAAAGUGGCUGAACUGUUUUGUUCCUAAGUAAGUACAAUGAUAAAUGUAAUGGUGUGUCUUUUUUUCUCACAGGCAGCAAACGAGCCUGCCUACCUGACCGUGGGAACUGAGGUCAGCGCCAAAUACAGAGGUGCCUUCUGUGAGGCAAAAAUCAAGACUGUUAAAAGGAUGGUGAAGGUUAAGGUAAGAGCACCACACAACAAUGUCUCCAUCCCAAAUGACACCCUAUUACUUGUAUAGUGCACUACUUCUGACCAGGACCCAUAGGGUUUCCCAUAGGGUUGUGGUCAAAAGUAGUGCAUUAUAUAGGGAAUAGUGUGCCAUUUGGGACACUGACAAUGACACUGUAAUCAAACAAGGUAUUAAGUGGAAUGGUCCAAUGUGUCAGCAAAUGUUGAUGUCCAAAUCUUAUAACAAUAUGUUGUUUAUAUAGACAAGCUGAUUGUCCAGUUUUGGGUGACAGUUUUGCUGCAAAAGAACCCCCCCCCCCCCCCCCUCUCAUAUCUAGAUAUUAGUGUCUGCCAGUGGCAUCUUUCAAGUAGAGACUUGUUCUAUGAACAGUUUUGCUCAGUUUGUUUUAUAAAGCAUUAGGCAGUCUGUAACAACCUACUUAGUACCAGGUACACACUCCAAAAAAAAGUUAAUUUAGUAAUGACAUAAUCAUAACACAACAAUAAACACUGGCGAUACUUGAAUGUUUGGAUAUUCUGCCCUUACCGCUGCAGUUAAUCAGCAGGUAGUUUUGUUUAGGUUAGUAAUGAAUGUACAUUCAAUAGGGACUGAUAAUGCUUGGACAUUGGAUUAGCCAGGUCUUGUUUUGUAUGUUUUUGAGCAAUGGAUAGGCCUAGGAAUUUAAGUUAUAUGUACUUUUGUAUUCCAAAACCCAUUGUGAAAAUGUGGAGUUAGUGAACUGGUGAACCUGCUUUUAGUUCAGGGAUGAUGGUUAUUGUUUUAAGACCAGAUGAUCCCCCACCAAUCACCAGGUAGCAACAUUGUGACCUGACCUCCUGUAUUCUCCAUUAUUCUCCUUUGUUCAGCACUUCCAUUAUGAUUGUCACAAGGUCAGAGUUCCCUUGACUGAUUGUUUCAUGGGACAUGGUAGGUAGCCCCAUUGAACUUUCUCCACAUAGAAAGAUGUGAACAAUGAGCAAACAGUGAGUUUGCAAGUGAAGGCACCAUUCCCUGGGAAUACUAUAAGCACAUACCUACUACCGUAUCAGAUGGUUGAAGAGCUGUCUUUAGUUGGCAACCAGUCUAUUGGUACAGCAUUGUCUUCCAGCACUGCCAUGUGUAGCCCCUGAAUACAGGAGUUAAUCUAAAGUCCCUUGGGGACAGGUCAGGAAGGGGAGAGUUUUGUCUGUUACGCAACUUAAUUAUUUCACCUUGACUGAACUGCUUUAUCUCAUUCAUUCUCUUUCUUUGUCUCUCUCCCUAGGUGAUGCUCAAAGGAGACACCACCUCGCAAGUUGUUCAAGAUGAUCAAGUGAAAGGACCGUUAAGGGUAAGUUGGAACUAACUGGCAUCACCAAACUUGCCACAGGAAGAUAAGGAAAAUAUUAAUUAGGCCCUCCGUGUUCUUUUGGUUCUCAGAAUAAAUAGUAUGUUAAUCACAUGAUUCUAAGAUCUGAUCUGUUGGAUAUAACAAUUGUGCUGUGCUUGUGACAGGAGCAUAUACAACAGGGACAGUUAGUACAGAUAAGGUAUUGUUGACGUAAGGCUUAUUAUUGCCAAAUUGCGAUGGUCACGUGACUAAUGCUCUGGCAAAGCACACUGAUCACCCGUUUUUCAACAACUGUAAGCAUCAAUGGCACUGCAAGUGUUACACAUUCAAAGUUCCCCAAAGGUUCAAAAUGGCCUCAGUUUUUCUGUCCUGAUGUUUUCUAAGCCCUGUGUGGGUUCCCUUCAUUGUUUGAACAUAUGUGAUAGGCUUUCACGCUGCUCAGGUACAUUAUGUUCUUUAUUUAGGGAAGUCUCUUAACUGUUGCCGUUUUGAGUUCUUGUUGAAAUGGGAGUAAAAGAGCAGAACGUAUGAGCUGUCUGUCUCAUCCCUUUGUGUCCUUUUGCAGGUGGGCUCCACAGUGGAGGUGAAGAGUGCAGAGGGGAUCUGCAGUGAGGCAACCAUCAACAAACUCACAGAUGCCAGUUGGUACACAGUGGGUAAGUACAGCAACAAUACCCAAACUAAUAUACAAUGCCUGCUCCUCAGUUAAUGAUUAGCUACAUAUGUCUUUGUUGGUUGCAUUUCCCCCUUUUCUCUCAACUUACCUGAUGGUUAAUAACUAUUUGUCUAUAUGAAGUCCUUAGGUCUCAUAUUUUGGUGUUCCUUUUUAACUUUUACAAGGGUGCUGUUUCUCACUGUAUAUACAUGUUUUUCAUGUGUUCCAGUGUUUGACGAUGGGGAUGAGAAGACACUCCGCAGGACGUCACUGUGUCUGAAGGGGGAAAGACAUUUUGCUGAGAGCGAGGUAAAGGGACUGGUCUUCUGACCUGACCAUCUUCUUAGCCAUUUGAUUUGGUGGCCUCUCUGUUAUGUUGCACUUUAAUACAUUGAUUAAGCCCCCUCCUUUCACCUCUCUCACUCACAUCUAGACGUUGGACCAACUGCCCCUAACCAACCCGGAGCACUUUGGCACCCCCGUCAUCGGGAAGAAGGGAAACCGCGGAGGAAGGAGGUCAUCUCAGGCUCAGUAAGUUGAACCUUCUUUUACUUUUGGCUAUAGGGAACCACACCGUUCUUUGCUUUAGAUGCGGUUUUAUGACUUAACAAGCAUUACCUCUUACCUUUGCCAGUAUGAUUUUAAUCUAUAGCAAGCAUGCUUCUUUCAAUGCUCUUCCUGCAUACGUUCAGACAUGGUCAUUAUAUACAACAACAUAGCAAGAUAGAUGGACAUCUUCCCAUGACCAAUUAUGAUAAAGAUGAACAAAAUGUAAUGCCUGUUUACGGUUGAACAUUUUAAAACUGGCUCCCAUAUAGGCCUUUGUGAUUGAUACAGCGUUGAGCUUCUAUAGAGCUCUGUAGAAGCUUUUAACUGAGACUAAAGGUUUUGACGGAGACCGACUAUAGCUUCUGACCUGUAGCGAUUCUGUUCUGAUGGAGAGUCCCAUUGUUCAACUCCUCAGUGCGGACGAUGACAAGGAGUCGUCCUCCAGUGAAGAGGACAAUGAGGACAGGAGGAGGCUAAAUGAUGACCUGAUGGGUAAAGUGGCCAGUGUUCAGACUGGGGCAGACUGGACAUCCUGGUACCUGGCCCUGGUGAGUCACAACCUGCACAGCCCCAGUCACACUCUGUUGGUCUUUCUCUCUCUUUCACUUUCUCUCUCUCGCUCUCUCAACAUGUAUUGUAUAAUUAAAUGGCCCUAGACAUUAGCAACCAUUGACAAGUUCAUGAGUUGUGCAGAUCAGUGAAGUUUCAAUCUUUCACAUUCAGCUCCACUUGUCUUACCUGCUAAUUGAGAAGUGUCAUGGAGAUGUUAGUUCUGUUCAUAAAACCACCUGAAAAACAAGUCAUUGAAACUGAAAGCAAAUGGACAAAAACCCUCCUUGCCUUUGGUCCUUGUUGUAUGAUUGUUCCUAAAUGUUAUUUAUUGGUUCUGUCUAGGUUAUAUCACCCAGCUGCAAUGAUGACCUGACAGUCAAGAAGGACCAAUGUUUAGUCAGAUCAUUUGCAGACUCCAAAUUGUAAGCAUGGUGCAUCCUACUUUUACGUCAUACAGUUUUAAAGAAUUCCCAGUUAAUUUACAAACGUCUUGGUAUAUGUUUGCCCGGUCAUGCAUGUUCUAGCUAAGGGCAAUGUAAAUAAGCAUGUAUAAUGUACAUUGCUGUUAGUCUUCUCAGAAUUGGUACCAAAAAAAUAAAUCUGAAUGCACAUUUAGAUAUUUGUUGUUUUUCAGUCACACUGUGGCAAGAAAGGAGAUCCAUGAAGUGAACAUGGACAGCAUCUCUAAACCUGAGUUCUCGCCGAGGAAUGGUAAGGGUGGUUCACCUAGGGAGCUCAACACUUACAAUUCCAAUUAGUUCCAAAACUGAAUGGUAUUAUGUUUCAUUCAACUGAAUUGAGAUGAAAUUGACCUGUAGGCCUAACUCUUUACUUAGGGGGCUUUCACACCAAAUUGGUUUGGAGCGGUUUUUCCGAACUCUGGCGCAUUUCCCCCCCUUAGUUUGGUUCGUUUGGACUUGGUGUGAACACUAUGCGCACUAAACAACUCACUGUGGUUCGUUCAAAAAGGGUGGUCUCAGUCCAAUUCCAUUCUUACCGUGGUGUGGUUCGCUGCAGCUGAGAACGCAGUCUGGACCAAACAGGAAAAUAGCCAAGGAGUAUUAUUGGUUGUUUGACUGCGUGCAUUUGAUUAAAUGCACAUAGUACCAUUACUUGAUAUCUCUGGAACAUUCUGUGAGUGGCAGUGCAUUUUAUGGGCGCAUCCAUGCAGAUUAGGGGAGAGAGGCUACUGAAUAUAGGCCAUUCACAUCGCAGUUAGAGCGGCUAUUUUGGCUGUUCCCUCCCGCAUGUUGUUGGAAGACCAAAGCGAAAGUAAUGUGAAGUUUGCGACAAGUUAUGCUUCUUGGUAAUCAUAGAUGGAUUUAACGUGAUAAUUUUCUUCCAAUAAACAAAUGACUUGCAUGAACACGUGGAUUUUGUUUAGGCAUUUUAGUUCAUUUGGCAAUGUGAAACCAACUGGACCAAAUGGGGGGGGAAAACAACAAUGUAACAAAUAAUCUAAGUCUGAUUCGAACUAUAGCUCAGAACUAUGUGUGAAAGUGCCCUUAUUCUGGCUACUCCCAGGGUUGGAUGGGGCAGUGCAUUUCCUCAAGACCAAGGUGGUCCCUGACAGUUGGAAGAUGGACAUGAGCGAGAUUUUAGAGUCCUCCAGCAGUGACGAGGAGGACACGGAAGGAAAGGAGAGUGAUGACGAGGAGGAGGAGGAGGAGGAGGAGAAGGAAGAUGCCAAUGAUGAGGUAAGAAGAACACUGUUUUAGUCUGGAGGGUUAUUUUAAGCCUACAAUUAAGUCACUUUCCUUUUAGAUGCUGAUUAGGCCAGAGCCUUUUUACAUUCAUAAAUGAGAAGUCUUUCUAUCAGUUUUGACAAGGCAGUAGCUUAUCCAGUUGUUUGACUAACUGUUUACUGAAGUGUGUAAUAUUCUACUAACAAUGACCAUCACAACCUGCUUGAAUAGCUACUAAUUUAUGGAGAGAGAAAAAGGAAGUUCUUACCAAUCUCUUGGCUGCGUAUUCAUUUUGUCGUGAUAAGUUUUAUCUGAGCGCCGACUCACUGAGUAAUGUAAACCCAGCUGUUUAUUGUACAUUGUAAUGACCUCACCUGCUCUGAGAAUGAAGUUGGCUUGGCACCUUGCAUUCAUUGCAUUCCCUUUCUGACAUCUUGUGGCUACUGAGCCACCUUGAUUGAGCCAGACUCCCAAUAGACCCUGUUUGCGUCCCAAAUGGCACCAUAUUCCCUUUUAGUGUACUACUUUUGACCAGGGCCCAUAGGGAAUAGGGUGCCAUUUGGGACGCACUCCCAGUGUGAGGGAAAGCCCCUUCCUCCGGAACAACAAUGGUUCUUUCUUCCUGCUCCCAGAGUUUGGGACAAAUGGCCAUUCGUGUGGUUUCAGACACUGUUCCCAUAGCAACUGGCAGCUACUUCCUAUCAUUUAGAGAGGGGCUGUGGGGAUUGGCUGGGGGCCAGUGGAGGCUCCUGACUCCUCGAAUUCUUUCUACCUCUGCUGCUUGUCAUAAAAGCUUUGCUUCUCAUGAGUGAAAUGUGUUCACUUCACUGUGUAUUUGCUUGUGUCUGGAGCACUUUGUCAGUCAAGGUAUAGUUUACACGUCACAGACUACAUAGAUUACAAUGGCAUGUACAUUUUUUUUUCUUUUUUCUAGUUCCUCCAUUUUAGAUUUCAGUGUACUGUGACAGUAUCUGUUCUUUAGUAAUAUAUGUACAUAGGGAGCCAUAUCUAUGGCCCUGGAUGCUGUGAAUAGGUUACACCAACACAACAGGGGCAAUAUGAAUCUCUGAGAAUGGUUUCGCAAACUCAUCGAAAGUUAUGAUGACAUGUUUCUCCUCUUCUCAUGUUUUUUUUUUUUUUUUUUUUACAUUUUAGUCAUUUAGCAGACGCUCUUAUCCAGAGCGACUCACAGUUAGUGAGUGCAUACAUAUAUAUUUUUUGUUCUUCAUACUGGCCCCCCCGUGGGAAUCGAACCCACAACCCUGGCAUUGCAAGUGCCAUGCUCUACCAACUGAGCUACACUGGGCAUGAGCUCAAAAUAAUCUCAGCACCUGACUGCCUACUGGCCUUGGCAUACAUGACAUCUUCCUCUGCUCUAGUAGCGUUGCUAACUCUACAGGAAUGUAUUAGCUAUGUCAAGACUGAUGGCUUGCAUGUCUCCUUGUCUACUCUGCUAGACUAGUCUGUAGAGGUUGUGACUAUGGCUUUUGUCUUUAUUUAUUAUAUAUUUUUAAACAAAUGUAACCUUUUAUUUUACCAGGUUAGUUGCAUUGAUAUUUUGGCUCAAAUGUGUUUUUGUCGAGAGACCGUGUCAAAUUGGUGGUCCUCUGUAGCUCAGGUAGUGGGUUCGAUCCCCGGGACCACCCAUACACAAAAAUGUAUGCACGCAUGACUGUAAGUCGCUUUGGAUAAAAGCGUCUGCUAAAUGGCUUAUUAUUAUUAUUAAAUUAGUAGCACACUCAAUGAAGGAUAAUGACUAUCAGUAAUUGUCAGUUGAUGCCUAAUUUGCCUAUAUAACCAAGGUGUGUGUUUCCUGCAGCCUGAGGAUGAGGCGGACCCAGAGGAGAGGGAUCACUUCCUGCAGCAGCUGUAUAAAUUCAUGGAGGAUCGAGGUGAGCCUUCAGCACUGUCCCAUUUAUCUUCCAGUCUGUCUAUGUCCCAAAUGGCAUCCUAUUCCCUAUAUAGUGCCCUUUAGAACAGGGCACAUAGAGACUAUAUAGGGAAUAGGGUACCAGUUUGGGACGCAGCCCUGAAUUGUGCAGUCCCUCACUCACAAGAGUUUGAAACCAUUGGAUUGAUGUAAGAAAUAUGGUGGACACUCUCCACACCAAUCCAGUGCUUUUAAAUCCUUGAGAGAGUGAAAAAGUGCACACGUCUGGGAGAAGAAUGGGAAAUAAUUGGUGAUCUUUCAAAUGACUUUUACUGCACACAACACUUUACUGCGCAGGCACACUACCUGGCCCGGCUCUGAAUUCCCCAUCCAUCUUUCAUUGAAUUUCACUGCAGGUCUUUAUAACACAAUGCAUCCUUAUCACUCAUUCAACAACCUAUGAAAUAAAAAGGAUCCUCCUGUGAUUUUUUUUCAAUGCCCUAAAAUGGGCUACUUUUCCUCUGUGUAACGUCACUCUGCUCCUCUCGUCCUUUCCUCCUCAGGGACGCCAAUUAACAAGCCUCCUGUGCUCGGCUACAAGGAUCUGAACCUCUUCAAGCUCUUCAGGCUAGUCUACCACCAGGGGGGCUGUGACAAAGUAAGUGCAUCAUCUCUACAACUUGCUCUCUCCUCUGCUCUCUCCCUCCCUCCCUCUUCCGAGUCCUCUUCACUGCAGCGGCAGGCAGACUGUCUGGUCUCGUCGUCUAAUGUGAACAACCUGUUCUCUCCAGCUUUGCCUCGCCUCUCCUGCGCCUCUGUAAGCAAAAUUGCAGCAUGUAGCUUUUUAGUGGACUGUCAAGGUCAAGCGGUAUCUGUCUGGCUGGUGUUUUGCACAUUGGCUGCUAUGAGGGCAAAGAAAACAACAAGCCUGAAAAACGACUUAACCAUUUGGACUCGCUCGAUCAAGUGAUGUUGGUAGCGUUUUGUCUCAGUACCUCUGUUUCUUUUGUUUAAUAUAUUAUUGAUAUAGCAUAGCCUACAUGAAUGAUUAUUGAUAUGUUAUUGUGAUGGUGUUUUUUUGCAGAUUGAAAGUGGAUCUGUGUGGAAACAAAUCUACAUAGACCUUGGCAUUCCUGUCCUAAACUCUGCUGCCUCCUACAAUGUGAAGACUGCCUACAGAAAGUAGGUGUUUGUUCACCUCACUCAGACUGACAAACACUCUUUACCAGAUGGUUCUUUCUUUUGAAGCUGUUGAGUCAUUUUCUGUGCUUCAAACUGUAUUCUAGGCCAGAUUACUGUAAAGCACUUGUGAAAUAUGUUGCUGUAAAAAAGGCUUUAUAAAUAGAUUUGAUUGAUGGAUAUUUCUGUUUUAUGCACCAAGAUUGUUUAGAAGUGUUGUAAGUGACGUCUACUUUGCUUGAGGGAAUGCUAAUAUAUUGUGUGCGUAGGUACCUGUAUGGCUUUGAGGAGUACUGUCGCUCAGCUUGCAUCGUCUUCAGGACCAUCCACCACAGCGAGGAUCCGCCAGCCUCCCAGUCCCAGACAGAACAUAUGGCUGCCCAGGUCCCUGAGGUGGAGGAGUGCCAGGGCCCAACACCACCCGUCGAAACUGAGUCUGCUGCAGCCAUGGAGGACAAGCCUGCCCAGGAGGAGGCAGAGUCGGGGAGCGAGAGCGACAAAGAGGGCCACAAAGAUAUCUCUUCUCCCAAGGUUAGUAGUAUUUUUUUUUUUUUUUUGUAAUUUGUACAUGACACUUAAGACAACUCUGUUUUGGGACUCUGUUAGAUUGAAAUCCUGUUCAGUUUCAUGUGCAGUCAGUGUGACCAGGGUAGGUUCUCUUUCAUUGAGAUGGCCCAUUGAGAUGAAGUCUUUCUACUGUUCCUUCCCUCAUAUCUUCUCUUUCAAUGCGUUUUGAGAAGGAGCCGGAGGGAGGAUGCGAGGAAUCGAGCAAAUACAUUUGAGACGAAUGCUGUAGAUAGUUUUGCUGCAGGCAGCCCAGGGUUCCUCCUCCAUAGACACUAAUCACUUUACUUUCUUCUUUAUCUCAGGGGAGGAGACUGUGCACUGUGACCCCAGUCAAAGCUGAGGUGAAGGAGCCCGCAAAGCUGGAGAAGGCGGAGCAGAGAGGUGUGGGGGAGACCAGCGGAGAGGAGACUGGAGGUCCGGGAGACGGCAUCAGGUCAGAUGGAGGGGACACCCCGGGGAACAGACGCAGCCGACGCCUGGAGGAGUCCGAUAAAGAGUCUGAGGACGAAGAGGAGGAGGAGGAUGAUGAGGAUGAGGACAGCGAGAGGAGAGUCGGAGAACGGUACAGUUAAAUGUUAAUGAACCAUCACACUGUAAUAUACAGUACCAGUCAAAAGUUUUAAACACCUACUCAUUCCAGGGUUUUCCUUUAUUUUUACUAUUUUCUACAUUGUAGAAUAAUAGUGAAGACACCAAAACAAUGAAAUAACACAUAUGGAAUCAUGUAGUAACCAAAAAAGUGUUAAACAAAUCAAAAUAUAUUUGAGAUUUUUCAAAUAGCCACCCUUUGCCUUGAUGACAACUUUGUACACUCUUGGCAUUCUCUCAACCAGCUUCAAGAGGUAAUCAUCUGGAAUGCAUUUCAAUUAACAGGUGUGCCUUCUUUAAAAGUUAAUUUGUGGAAUUUAUUUCCUCCUUAAUGCAUUUGAGCCAAUCAGUUGGGUUGUGACAAGGUAGGGGGGUAUACAGAAGAUAGCCCUAUUUGGUUAAAGACCAAGUCCAUAUUAUGGCAAGAAUAGCUCAAAUAAGCAAAGAGAAAUGACAGUCCAUCAUUAAGAUAUGAAGGUCAGUCAAUACGGAACAUUUCAAGAACUUUGAAUGUUUCUUCAAGUGCAGUCGCAAAAACCAUCAAGCACUAUGAUGAAACUCUCUCAUGAGGACCGCCACAGGCAUGGAAGACCCAGAGUUACCUCUGCUGCAGAGGAUAAGUUCAUUAGAGUUACCGGCCUCAGAAAUUGCAGCCAAAAUAAAUGCUUCACAGAGUUCAAGUAACAGACACAUCUCAACAUCAACUCUUCAGAGGAGACUGUGUGAAUCAGGCCUUCAUGGCCGAAUUGCAGCAAAGAAACCACUACUAAAGGGCACCAAUAAGAAGAAGAGAUUUGCUUGGGCCAAGAAACACGAGCAAUGGACAUUAGACCGGUGGAAGUUUGUCCUUUGGUCUGGAGUCCAAAUUGGAGAUUUUUGGUUCCAACCGCCGUGUCUUUGUGAGAUGCGGUGUGGGUGAACAGAUGAUCUCCGCAUGUGUAUUUCCCACCGUAAAGCAUGGAGGAGGAGGUGUUAUGGUGUGGGGGUGCUUUGCUGGUGACACUGUCUGAUUUAUUUAGAAUUCAAGGUACACUUAACCAGCAUGGCUACCACAGCAUUCUGCAGCGAUAUGCCAUCCCAUCUGGUUUGGGCUUAGUGGGACUAUCAUUUGUUUUUCAACCGGACAAUGACCCAACACACCUCCAGGCUGUGUAAGGGCUAUUUGACCAAGAAGGAGAGUGAUGGAGUGCUGCAUCAGAUGACCUGGCCUCCACAAUCCCCCAACCUCAACCAAAUUGAGAUGGUUUGGGAUGAGUCGGACCGCAGAGUGAAGGAAAAGCAGCCAACAAGUGCUCAGCAUAUAUGGGAACUCCUUCAAGACUGUUGGAAAAGCAUUCCAGUUGAAGAGUUUAACACUUUUUUGGUUACUACAUGAUUCCAUGUGUGUUCAUUCAUAGUUUUUAUGCCUUCACUAUUAUUCUACAAAGUAAAAAUAGUACAAAUAAAGAAAAACCCUUGAAUGAGUAGGUGUGUCCAAAGUUUUGACUGGUAGUGUAAAUGGUGAUAGAAUUCAUGGAAUGUUCAAGAUGAUGUAAUAAUUGAAUGUCACCUCAGGGCAUCAAGUCUAUUAGCUGCCAAGUGUUCAUCUUCUCAAGUUCCUCUAUUUUGUACUUGUCAGGAUGUGGCCAUUUAACCAACUAGAAUGUCUUAAAUUGGGUAACACACAAACAGGCGGAAUAUGAUUCUAAUCUGAGCGUGGUUUCACAUACUUGCUGAAGUCUUGUGAUGUCAUGUUUCCUAUUGGUGCUGCUGAUUUUUGUUGUUGCUGUAACGUGCAGAGCUAACGGUCGUAUUUACUAGGAAGCAAACUGACCGAAACUUGUUCAAUAAGAAACUCACACUUUCGUUGCAAAACGGUUUGCUAUGGUGUGAGCUAAUGAAUACGUCCCAUUUCUAUCAUGUGAAAUUGGAGUAGUGCUUGUAGUACUGGCUGAAGAGCUUCUUCGCUGAGUUUGAGGCCUUGUUCGAAUGGCUCUACAGCGAACCCAAAGGUAUUUUUUGGACUCUUUUGUUAGAUCACAGAAAGGGGGUCUGUAGAAAACCCUUAGUGGCAAUAUGCAACUUUUUGGGGGACCUGACCAAAUUCACAUAGAAAUGUGAGUUAUAGAUCCAUCAUUCUACAUGAAAGCAAGCCUAAGAAGCGGUAUAUCUGUUCUAUGUGCGCUAUUUCUAUGCUUCCCGUUAUUAAGUUUUGUUUUUGCGUCUUUCGGUUUUGUACAACAGUGUCAAACAGCUGAAACAACAAUAUUUUUGAUUAUGCAAAAUGUAUUUCACAGCGGUUUAGAUGGUACAAUGAUUCUCUACGCUAUACUAGCUUAUUUAGUCACAAACUACAAUUAGGUGAACUAAGAGUUUUUGCAACCAGGAAAUGGCAGCUACUUAAAGUUGCACUAUCACGGUAAAGCAAUGUGUUCUACUCCUUUUCAUCAGAACCCUGGGCUUUUUCCAUCUUUGUGGACAGAGGUCAGCUCAGCUGCUCCAUUUAUGUUGAACAAACUUUGAAGCAGUGUAUUCAUUAGUGCACACUGUAGAAAACUGUAGCAAACGUUAUGCAGUGGAAAACUUUUUAGUUGCAAAAGUUAGUCCCUUCCUGUUUUCGCCUGUUUGGUUCCUAGUGAAUACACCCCAAUAUUGGCAGUGUUAAUAACCUGCUUUUGGAUGCUAGCUAGCAGCAGCUAGCUUAUUUUUGUGAAUGGGCACCAUAAGAUUUGAAGGCUCUCAGGGACAGCCUUUACCCGUGGUUCUAAGUUGACGUAUGUGUGGACAGGGGUGAGGACGAGGACUCUGAAGACUCGGUGACCGGGACUAAGGUGAAGGUAAAGUACGGUCGAGGGAAGACCCAGAAGAUCUACGAGGCCAACAUCAAGAAGGCCGAGAACGACGAUGGAGGAGAUGUCCUCUACCUGGUCCAUUACUACGGUUGGAACGUCAGGUAACCCAAGGACACAUGCUUCCAUUCUCACCCACCUCAAAGCCAUGAUAGGGAUUCUUGUGUUUUUAUGAUUCGCUGUCUUGAUCACGUCAGGAUUAUCAGUUACUUUCCACCUUUCGCUAUAUUUCUCUCUGUUUUUGAAGUGACUUUGACUUUCAAUGUAAUACUUUGCUGCUAUGUGCAAGCAGUAUGUUAUUGUUGUAUGUGAACAAUCUGAGAGAUGAAUGAGGGGGUCUAGCUAUAGUGUUUAUGGUUUCAUUUCCCCUAUAGGUAUGAUGAGUGGGUCAAAGCAGACCGGAUCAUCUGGCCUGUGGACAAGGGCGGAACAAAAAAGAAACAGAAAAAGAAAGUGAAGAAUAGAGAGGAAGGAGAGAAGGAGGACGACAAGCAGGGGAAGCCGGGUGGCUUGAAGCCAGGUCGCCCUCUUCUUAGAACCACUCCCGCCAGCGCCAACCGCAGCGUCUCCAAGACCCCCAGCAGUGAGGGGCGCUCCAGCAGCAAGAGCAAAUCUGAUGUAACAGCCCUGCCCAACGGAGAGGGUAAGAGACCCGAGACCUGUACUUAGGUACCAGCAUGUAACAUGACUCCAUGGGUGCAUCUUGAUGGUGUACCCUGACUUCUUUUACCCAUCUCCUCCUCACAUUAAUCUGCACAGAUCAUCAGUAUUAUGGAGAGGGUAAGACCAUGGGGCUCGUUCAGCAGUGUGCAAUGUUAUAAGAUGUUCAGACCGAAAUGUAUUAGUAUAUAGAACUGAUAUCAUUGUCUGUCAUGUAGAAUAGUGAAUCAUGACAGCUCUAUUCAUUCAAUUUGUCUGUCGGUCUGUGUAAACAGGGACCCCUCGCCGGCGCACAAGAAGAACCUCUGGGAUGUAUGACUCGGACAGGGAUUCCAACUCCAAUGGUAGGUCAACAUACCUCUAGAUGCAGUAUAGUGUAGUCACUAGUUUAAUUAGGAUAACUAUGAUAUUCCACAUCUAAGAAUGAUUAGAGGGCGUUUCUGGCCAUGUGAGGCUGGUUUUACCAGACACAGAUUAAACCUAGUCCUGGACUAUGAAGCCCUUUUCAGUGGAGAUUUUCCAUUGAGCUUGAUUUUGAGUCCAGGACUAGAAUUAAACUGUCUGGGAAACUGCCCCUUGGUGUUUGGGAAGUAAUUGUUAUUUUAAGGAUUGAAGCCUGGACUUUUGAUGGAUGCAAGCUAACCCUUGAUGUCCCCCCCUCUCUACUUCUGGUAAAAGAAUCGGGGAACUCGUCCGAGGACAGUGAGUCAGAGGAUUCUCCUGAGAAGAAGCCUUUGUGGGCUGAGAGGACGGACCCCGCCACGGCCCGUAAGCAGGAGGAGGAGGAGGACCGGAGGGUGGAGAGAGGAAGAGCAGAGGCAGCACAGGCCGCAGCACAGGUCCAGCCUCCCAGCAGCCCUCAGGAGAAGGAGCAGCAGGAGGACAAGCUCCCUGAGAGGAGGGAGCUGGAGAAGGCUGAGGAGCAGCCCCAGGCGCCCCCAAUGACCCCUGAACCUGACAGACCCAAGGAGGAGGACCCUCCUACCCCGAAAUCCCCCAGGUCUAAAGCAGCACGUAGAAGUAACGUUCGCGAGCCAGAGAGGAACACCACCAACAACGACACUGGCUCUGAAACACCCACCAAAACAAUCACCACCACCACCACUCCCAACUACACUGAGACCGAGUCGUCUCCCUGCCCGCGCCCCCUGAACAGGCAGGAUGAGCCCAUGGUGGUCCUUCACUGUCUCCCUGCUGAGCACAUUCCCAGCAUCCCUGACCUUCCCACCAUGGACUCGGACACAGACUCAGCCACAGAGGAGGAGACCUGCAGGGAGGAGCGAGGUGUGGCCAAGCGUAAAGCUACCGAGCAGAGGACGCCGGACAAGAAGGUGCGUCUGGAUAGGAGGGAGGAGACGACCAAGAUGGCGUCGCCGGGGAGGAGGCCCGCUGACUCGCCGGGGAGGAGGCCCGCUGACUCGCCGGGGAGGAGGCCCGCUGACUCGCCGGGGAGGAGGCCCGCUGACUCGCCGGGGAGGAGGCCCGCUGACUCGCCGGGGAGGAGGCCCGCUGACUCGCCGGGCAGGAGGCCCGCUGACUCGCCGGCCAGGAGGCCCGCUGACUCGCCGGCCAGGAGGCCCGCUGACUCGCCAGAGUGGAGGCUGGAGGCAGGGGGACAGAAAGACGAGGAGCGCCUGACGCCAACUAAGGGGAAAACGGAGCCUGAGGUUAAAACAGAGAUGCCUGCCCUCACUCCGGAGGUGCAGUGUCAAGGUCUAGGAGAGGGAGGUGUAGCAGGAGGUCGACCCAGGUCGGAGCAGCCAGGCUUGGGGGCCGAGGAGGAGGUGAUGCCCCAGAUCGGCCCUGAGGCGCUGGUCUGCCACGAGGUGGAUCUGGACGACCUGGAUGAGAAGGACAAGACCUCAGCAGAAGACCUCCUAAUGAUGAUGAGUCAGGGGAAGGUCCAUGCUCCCCCUCCGUCCAAUGCCUCCUCCCACAACCCCCCUCCUCUAUCAUCGGGGGGCGCUGCUCCUCCACGGGUCUUCUCCCCCACCUCGGCCCCCAGCCCUGAUGAGUCCCACAGCACCAAGAGUGAGAGCGACGUCACCAUCGAGGUGGACAGCGUAGCCGGGGAGUCUCAGGAGGGGCUUGGCGAUAACGAGUCGGCCAACUCCAAUUGCUUUGAAGCUAGCACCAGCUCCAGCAACUCCAGCAUGUCACUACAGGAGAGGGACACCAAGGACAGAGGUGGGUCACACAAAGAAACGCAUAGAAUAGGCUAUCUUAGGGAUGUUACAAAUGGCACAUUUUUCUUAACAUUUAAACUGCCAUUUUUUAAAGCUUUUCGUUAAAACAGUAAGAAAAAUAUCAUAAUUUCACAAUGCAGAAUAUGGUCCUAUUGUGUAUGGUCGUCUAAUUGCGUGUGACCACUAGGGGGCAAUGAAGUUCUAUCUACCGUGGUCAAAUGCUGAAUCUCAAACCGAACACUUGACCCCUAAGCCCUUUUAUCGAGUGGCCACUUGCUGUUGUGUUCCAUAGCGAUCACUCGAGUCUGCAAGUUUUUUGGCCAAAAUGAGCAUUGAGCUGAUGCGCACUCGAUAUCCAAACUGCCGCUUACCAAUAUAAAUGUGCUCCUCUUUAGCUCAGCUGGUAGAGCAUAUUUUGGCUCAAAUGUGUUUUUGUCGAGAGACCGUGUCAAAUUGGUGGUCCUCUGUAGCUCAGCUGGUAGAGCACGGCGCUUGUAACGCCAAGGUAGUGGGUUCGAUCCCCGGGACCACCCAUACACAAAAAUGUAUGCACGCAUGACUGUAAGUCGCUUUGGAUAAAAGCGUCUGCUAAAUGGCAUAUUAUUAUUUAUAUUAUUAUAAAAAAAUCUAUUUGCAAGCAUUCUGUCCCUCGACCUGUCUUGUGCAUGACUCACUCACUAUGAAACACGGGCACUGAUCGACCGGGAGAAAGUUGUCAAAAACGACAUCUCCCUAUUCCCGCACAAAACAUGUGCAAUUAUAUCGGUCGCCAGUGAUUUCAUCAGCUGAUUUAGCUUGGUGUAGCCUGCCUGCUGCUUGCUAGCUUCACUGACAAACACAGGGAUGGAAUUUUAGCUAGAUAACUAUGGAUGUUGGGCGCUGCACUGACAAACAGCGUGUAUUUAUGAUAGUUUGACAGCUUGUCUGAUGAAGUUGGAGACAGGUUCCCAGCAGUCAGUCCAUACUUCAGCAGUAGAUUGUACUGUACUGACUUGGGGCAGAGCAGGCUGUUCGCUGCUGUUGCAACUCGCUUGCCUUUCUCUGCCAUUUUUCCAACAUGGCGACGAUGACCUGCGCCGUGCUUUACAUCCUUGGCAAAUCAUUUGAUAGAUGCGUAUCUCCUACUAACGUUACAGCAUUGUUGUUAGGUAUUUGUAAAAUAAAUGUCCCUUUAUGAAGAUGAGAGACCUGUUAGUGGUAUUGUGAUAAAUAAAUGCACAGUGAUUUGGUCCUCUGAAAUAAAAAUUCUCAAUAUUCUCCCUUUCACCAUCAGGUCAGAAAAGGUUGAUGGACUGCAAUAUGAGUUCUUCUGCAAAGAAGCAGAAGCGAAACCAGAAACGGCCAAGCACAACGUCCGAAAUUGAUAAGAACGGAACAGGUAAGUUGCAUUGUUCAAUUCCAUUAAUGGCAGGCUAUUAAAUCACUCCCCAAAAAACUUGUCAAUGUUUGAAUCAUUCUUGGCGGUAAUGUGAUUUGUGGAUUCAAAUAAAGUAUUUAAAGUGUGUGUGCGCGUGUGUGUGUGACCACAGGGAACAGCAGUGACAGUGAGGACCUGGCUGUCAUGGACACCUCCAGUAAGCUGACUCCAGUGAAACACUCCAUGUCUAAAGGAAGCCAGAAGCUGGUCUCUCCUAACAGUAAGGAGCUUGAGAAGUAUAAGCACAAAGACAAGCAGUCCUCCUUCCCCUCCCCUCGCACAUACAAGUGGACCUUCCAGCUCAGUAAGUAGAACUAACCACUUAUCGCUAAUCAGCUUAUCACACUGAUCUCAGGUGUUGAGGAAUCACAACAGGGGCCGGUUUCCCAGACAGACUAAGCUUAGUCCUGGACUUAAAAAUCCCUUUCGAUGUAGAUUUUCCAUUGAACACGUUUUUUAUGACUAUGCUUAAUCUGUGUCCGGGAAACUGACCCUAAGAGUUUGGAUUUUAGCCAUUUAAUUUUGUGACUAUUCUUAAAUGUAAUAUUGUAUUUGGUGUUCUAAGUUAAAUUAUUUUGAAAGCAUGCAUAGCUUUAUAGCUGAAUGGUGAAAGUAUGUUUUUGUUUGUAUUUGUUCCGACCUUUACAAUAAGAACUUUUGUGCGUCUCUGAGCAGAUGAACUGGACAGCAUGACAAGUGCUGAGAGGAUAUCCUUCUUACAAGACAAACUACAGGAUAUAAGGAAGUACUACAUGUCACUCAAGUCUGAAGUGGCCUCCAUAGACAGGAGGCGGAAGAGGUUAAAGAAGAAAGAAAGAGAAGGUAAUGACUCUUCCUCAGUUCCUCCUCUGAUUUAUCUGAAGACUGUGUUAUUCUAGUCCUCAGUCAUGUUCGAGCAAACUGCUUCAAUAGCGUUGUAUUGUAAUGCUUUACUUGGAAUAUUUCCUUAGUGUCUGUUUAUGACACGCAUACAGCUGUCUAACAUCGUCUCCCUCUUCCCUGUCCUACUCAUGUCUAUUGCUUUCAUUGUAAUGGUUUGUUUUGUUUCUAUGAAAGACAGAUACAGCUGUCUAACCUCUCCUCCCUCUCCCUCCCAGUGUCCCACACCACAGCGUCAACAUCGUCCGGCUCGUCAGACACUGGGAUGAGCCCCUCUUCUGCCUCGCCCACUCAGAACACUGUGGCUGUCGAGUGU